AUGCAGGUGACCCAGUCAUGUUUGGAUCAUCCCUUUGAUUCCACUGACAAUGGCAGUCGAGUUUUGUCUUUUGAACCACAUUCCAUGAACCCUGGCCUUCUACCGUACAUUGGUUUCCCUGAGAGCAAGAAGCAGAAAACUGGGUUAAGUGAUGGGCAGGGGAGCUCCUUGCACCACCCUGAGCCCUGGUCUCCUCUGGAUGCCAAAGAAGCUGAAAGUGCCCACCCAUUCAGUGGUGAGGCCUCAGAUCCAGGAGUCCCCAUGGUGGCUGAGAGGAUUCACCAACCUGUAAGCCCCACAAGCUUGCAGCCUGCCCAGAAUGACAGUGUCUUAGAGGGGGUCGAACCAGGUAGCUGUCUGGUCCUGCCUGUCUCCAAAGCCAAUGGCUCUUCAGGACCUAGAGGUAAGCAAAGAUCUCUGUACUUCCAGGGCACCUCAAGCUCUGGAAAACUGAAAGUGUUCCUCUGCAACCAGGACCUGUGGCUCCAGUUUUCCAGGCAACAGAAUGAAAUGAUCCUCACCAAGCAAGGCCGAUCCAUGUUCCCCUGCCUGGCUUACAAAAUCCAGGGUAUGGACCCCAGUGCCCUCUACCACAUCUUUGUUGAAGUGGGGCCCGUUGACAAACACCACUGGCAAUAUCAGUUCGGGCGAUGGCUCCCAAAAGAACAACAACAAGAAGAGGAUCAUCUGCCAGGUAACCACUUCUAUCAACACCCUGACUCACCCAACACUGGGGCUCACUGGAUGGACAGAGAGAUAUCGUUUAAAAAGCUCAAGCUCACCAACCAGAAGACAGCUUGCAAGAAUGACAGCCAGGCCCCAAUCUUAUUGAAGUCUCUCCACAAAUACCAGCCCAGGCUCCACAUUGAAGAAGUCAGUGAUAGAAAGCAGCACAUGCUGGUUUCUUCCUCCUCCACCCACACCUUCACCUUCCCAGACACAGAGUUUAUUGCUGUGACCACCUAUCAAAAUUCUGAGAUCAAACACCUCAAAAUUCAAAACAAUCCUUUUGCCACUGCUUUUAGAGAAGGAAGCUCCUGUCCUGGACAAAGCUUGAAGAAGUUUCCUCCAGCUGGGGAAUGCAGUGGAUCCACCUCAUCUCCACCAGCUUUAUUGGUUUCCAACUAUCCUGUCCAUGUCCAAGAGGGUCCUGGCCAAGUCAAGGUCUGGGAUUUGAUGCAUGGCUCCCAGCCACCCUCAGGGCAUUCCUAUGACUCCAGGGACAGCAGCACCACCACCAGCCUGGCCUUGCCCUUAACCAUGGAAGGUGAUCUUCUACCCUGUACCUCUCCAAAUGCAGUGUCUUUCCACCCCAGCCCAGAUACCCCCUUGACACAAGGAAAUAGGCUACCUUCCCUUUCAACUUCCACCUCCAAUGGGAACAGUAGGUACUAUCUCCAGCCUCGAAGUCUAAAGCCCCAGUAA